UUAUUUUAACAUCAAAUACACUCGUGAUGUUCUGUUUCAAAGUCACUAUGUGUACAGCAAAAAUGGUGAACACUAAGGCUAUACUUCUAAUAUUUGUAACUUUUUCAUUGUGCGGAAUUGUUACCGUUAAUGCAGGUUAUAGUAAUGGGAGAGUAUCUGACAUACAUUCUACGGUAGAGGCAUUAUUUCGGAGGGUCGAGUCUUUACAAGUGAAACAGGACACGCCAUAUAUUCCACCGAUGUUCUGGCAGAAACAUAGAGGAAUGUGGGAAAGUGACGUCAGAUUCUAUUUUCAUGGUCACGAGGAGCUAUUUUUGUUCAGGGAAGCGUUCAGCAUUUAUGACGACAACAUGUUCGCAACGGCAUGGAUUACGUCAUGUUUGUUAGAGACGUUUAGAUACGGAAAUGGUCCGAAACCUUCCGAAGAAAUGAUAACCGCGGCAGUACUAGCCAUAGAAGAAUACCACAAUAAGAAUGUUAAUUAUUCAAAUUCUUUGAUGACCUUUUGGCCUCAAAAGUACAACGAAACUUACAAAGCUUGGACUAGCUACCCGGUUAAUUUACACCAUUUCUUUGAUCUUGCCGCUUCUUUUAAUGCAACAACUCUGGAGGAAAUUCUUGACAAGAUUGGCCUUAAAGAUAUAGCAGAGAUUAUGGAAAGGUUACUGAAGAGUGAAUCAGGGUAUCUAAAAGCUUUCAUGAUCCCUCCAGAUUUCGACGACACUUUUGUCAAUUUGGGUCUUGGUUCUUUACUAGCGGAAAUGAAAGAACAUUUCCCCGCUUCACAUGCGCAAUGGCAAUCCCAGAAUACAAACGUCACUUCCGUUUUCGACGCAUUGAAAAAAUAUGCUUACAGACCAAUGUCCUCCAACAAAGCGAUAAAUUCUAUAGACGGUCGUACAUACUUCUAUCUGAGAUACUUCCUUGAAAAGGCGAAAAAUAGUGGAGAGGACAUUGCACUAGUUCCUACAUGGAUCCAAGACGCCGACGAACUAAAAACGUGGGGGGAACGUGGUGUUAGAAUGCCAUUGAAUGCGAACAAUAUCGAUGUAACUGUGGCGGCUAAUGGGGUGUUCGGGACCACGUCCUCUAUAUUGAAUGGUGUGGUUGACGCCAAGAUACUGGAUGACCCCGAAGUGCAGCAAAUAUACGUGAAUACAUCCAAUCUGAUAGCGUUCAUGAUAGAGACCAACUUCAGUUCACGUCAUGACCUUGCUCUACUCUACUAUCCCUCAGCCAUGGAGUUCUACUGGUUUGUUGCAAGAACAUACGGGGAAAUUAGAAGGAAGGAAAACCAAGGUCCUUUACCACAUCCAAUUUUAGAACAAGUGAAAACUAUGCUGGAUAAAUCUCUGCACGUGCAUAUGACGUCUGCCGUUCUAAACCAAUCACACACUGACAAAGAUGGCAGUAUGUAUUUUGAUGACUUCGUUGGUGACGGGGACUUGGAUACAAGGAACAAUACAGUGGUUCGCGGACAAGAUCGUCUCUUCACAACAGGAAUGGCCAUGAACGCUCUGCUUAGCACGUGGACGGUGUUUGAUGAAAGUUCAAGGAAACUUUACUGGGAGAAAGGUACACCCCAAAGUGUGAAGGACGUGGUAUCCAAGUCAGCCAUGUUUCUUGAGCAGAACAUCUUUGGAUUGUCUUAUCAACCAUGGAAUGCUUUCUUCUCAGGGUCUGUAAAAGGGAUAACGACCUAUCCUUCCUACCCCGUGAACCGUGUAAAUAGCACACGCGACUGGCAGUUGACGUGGGAAGGUGUGGUUUCGGAAGAGGAGUACCAAAAGCUACUUAAGCAAAAAUGGUUCGGUCGCCAUAGUCCGAUAGAUUUCCAUGGUUACAAUAACUACCCAGAUUACUGGCCAUUCUGGAGUUCAGAACCGUAUACAUAUGUAACCACGAUGCUUGCACUUGCAAAAUUUUCUAACACAUAUGAAUCUAACACAUCUUAUGACAGUAAUGUACUGUACUAAAAUAAUGACUGAGAAUGUCUUAAAAUAUGCAGUUAAUAUACAUGAAGUUUGUCAUGGAAUAUGAAACAACAAUAAUUGCUCUCUAAAACAUUUCUAUAUACAGUUACCUUAUAAGUAACGCGUUUUCAUGAUAAAUAUGACAUGCGCAAAUCAAAUCUUAUAUAAAUCACUGGUCCACAGUCUGUGCUGGGUUUAAAGUGUUUUAUUUUGUAGAAAUGUAUUUAAAGCGGCUUCCAUUGCAAACCCUUUCUUUCAAAUUUAAACAUUUUAUACCAUUGACCACAAAUUUACAAACCGUGAAAUGAGCAAAACAACAAAACCAUAUCUCUUUUCCAACGUUUUGCAAGAAUGUCUCACUGUUUAUUGUUGUUUUGUUUUUCUUUUUUUUUCAAAGUGCUUUUAUGACCCUUUCUGUAAUUAGAAAAUUGCUCAGUUUUUUUGUUUAGGUCAACCUUUUCUGAAAAAAAUCUAUAAGAGCUACAGCUUUGAAACUUUGCACACUUGUUUAUCAUCAUUAUGUUACUAUGUAGACCAAGAACCAUAACUCUAACCUGCUUUCUUGUCAGAAUUAUGACCCUUUGAAAUUGUACUUAGAAAUCUGAACUGUAACUCAUUUCCUACAUACUGUCCAUCACUCAGACGAGCGAUGGCACCCGUUGGCGAUGCUCUUGUUAUAUUUAUCCCGGCGCUAUAAUUGUUGUUAUUGUUGUGACGUCAGCGAAUUGCUUUGGCGAUGGAUGAAAAUCUCUGAAAACAUCAGAAAAUGUCUGAUUACACCUGUAAGGUAUAACCGAUUUGUAGUCUGUCUGAUGUCGUAAGUGUAUUUUGGUGUUCUUCCUUAAGCACGUUCGCUAGGUGUUCCAUUCGUAUUUUCAAGUGACUCUGGGAUUUUGACGUCUCAUUCGUGAUGCUGAUUUUAUAUAUAGGGAGUAUUAUUUUUUAAGAUAGACUUCUGGAGUCUUAUUAAUAGAAUUUCAGACUCCUGUGGUAGUUCCAAUCUGCGACUGUAAUUACCUGCCCUGACGCUCCGUAAUAUCACACUAAAAUGAAAUGAAAGUGGUAAUUACGUCACGAAACUAGUGUUUUAUGUGUUCUAUGUAUAAGAAUUCUUAACACUUUAUCUUGAAUUUUAUUUGAUAUUGUGACCAUCGGAAUAUGAUUUUGCUUUUCAUUCAGCCAUACUUGAAUGAAUGUAUCAUCUAAUGUUUUUUAUGUCCCCGAAGGGAGGCAUAUAGUUUUUGAACCGUCUGUCUGUCGGUCUGUCGGUCUGUCAGUCUGUCGGUCUGUCGGUCUGUCAGUCUGUCGGUCUGUCCGCAUUUUUCGUGUCCGGUCCAUAUCUUUGUCAUCCAUGGAUGGAUUUUCAAAUAACUUGGCAUGAAUGUGUACCACAGUAGGACGACGUGUCGCGCGCAAGACCCAGGUCCGUAGCUCAAAGGUCAAGGUCACACUUAGACAUUAAAGGUUAUUGCAUUGAUGGGCGUGUCCGGUCCAUAUCUUUGUCAUCCAUGGAUGGAUUUUCAAAUAACUUGGCAUGAAUGUGUACCACAGUAAGACAACGUGUCGCGUGCAAGACCCAGGUCCGUACCUCAAAGGUCAAGGUCACACUAAGACAUUAAGGGAUAGUGCAUUGAUGGGCGUGUCCGGUCCAUAUCUUUGUCAUCGAUGGAUGGAUUUUCAAAUAACUUGGCAUGAAUGUGUACCACAGUAAGACGACAUGUCGCGCGCAAGACCCAGUUUCAUAUCUCAAAGGUCAAGGUCACACUUAGACAUUAAGGGAUAGUGCAUUGAUGGGUGUGUCCGGUCCAUAUCUUUGUCAUCCAUGGAUGGAUUUUCAAAUAACUUGGCAUGAAUGUGUACCACAGUAAGACGACAUGUCAUGCGCAAGACCCAGGUCCGUAGCUCAAAGGUCAAGGUCACACUUAGAUGUUAAAGGUCUUUUUUCAUGAUAGUGCAUUGAUGGGCGUGUCCGGUCCAUAUCUUUGUCAUUCAUGCAUGGAUUUUAAAAUAACUAUGCAUAAAUGUGUGACACAGUAAGACGACGUGUCGCGCGCAAGACCCAGCUCCGUAGGUCAAAGGUCCUAAACUCGAACAUCGGCCAUAACUAUUCAUUUAAAGUGCCAUUGGGGGCAUGUGUCAUCCUAUGGAGACAGCUCUUGUUUUUUCAAAUACAUGCUGGUUUAAAGCGUUUUAUUUUGUAGAAAUGUAAAGUGGCUUCCUUUGUAAACCCUUUCUUUCAAAGUUAACAGCAUGCCACGAAAUCAACAAAACGAAAGUCAUAUGAGUCGCACCAUGAGAAAACCAACAUAGUGCAUUUGCGACCAGCAUAGAUCCAGACCAGACAAUGCGCAUCCGCGCAGUCUGGUCAGGAUCCAUGCUGUUCGCUUUCAAAGCCUAUUGCAAUUAGAGAAACCGUUAGCGAACAUCAUGGAUCCUGACCAGACUGCGCUGGUCUGGAUCCAUGCUGGUCGCAAAUGCACUAUGUUGGUCUUCUCAUGGUGCGGUUCAAUCUUGUUUCCAACGUUUUACAAGACUAUCCCAUUUUUUUUUCAAAGUGCUUUUGAAACAUAGAAUUGUUCUAAAAAUAUGUUCAUUUUCUGAAGCUCUACAAAAGCAUUAUUAUUAGUCAGUCAAAGCUCGGGAGAUUCUAACUCAUAGCAAACUAAAUGAGUAAACAUUUUCUCAGGCAUUUAUGAUACAGAGUUUACUGCCAAAUAAUCUACUUAUUAAUUAAAAUAUUUAUUUGAAUUAAAGUAUAUGACUUGAAAAAUGUA